AUGGGGUAUAUGGUGAAGCCAAAACUGAGAACAUGGGGCUCUAUUUUCCUGUCCAUCGGUGAGGCGGCGGAGGGUGGCAGACCCUGCGCAGUGGUAUUUUCAUCUGGCAGAGCCUGGUGUACAGCCAGUUUGGUAUUUUCAUGAACUGAGGCACACCGAGGUCCGCCAGGCUGGGCGUGGUGGCGUGGCAGAGGGAGGUGUCGACAGAAUCAGCUGGUGCAGUGACAUUUUCAUGCUCGCCGGUGGCGUAUGAAGUGCGCUGAAAGCUUACCGAUUCAAACCUGGGGCUCUAUUUCGUGCCUCACCGGAGACAUGCCGCAGGCACGGCUUAAGUCAGGUCCACCGCGCCGACAAGGCGUUUCCAAGCACAAUUUGGUAUUUUGGUGAGCGGCGCAGCUCUAACUCAGCUCCUCCCAGCUGAGUAAGUCAUUGCGAGGGAGGAGAGCGGGCGUGGAGUGGAUUUAACACAGCCGAGACCAGUUUUCACCAAUCACAUAAGCUCCUCUCCUGGCCUUGAAAUCCGCCACUGGCGAGGCGUAUUACUAUUUUCGUGAAGUAGUCAAAGAGAUCAAGAGAUGUCUGAAGACAGUAAUGCCACACGAUGUAGACAGAAGGCAGCUCCUCAACAAGUGUCACUGGAAACGCUGCAGAGGCCGUCCUUCACACUCUUUCCCAGAUGGAUUUGGUUUGUGUAAUGUUGGACCCACCAGUAAGACAAACACCCUUUUCCACAAAUAAAGACACUCACAUAAAGUUGCAUAUAUUUAAACCUCACGUGACAAAGGUGGGUUGUGCGCACAGAUCACAUCAUAAAUUCCAAUAAUGGCAUUAAAAUCAGAACCAUCUGUGCGUAAUGACGCAUCGCGCUCAGUGGUCUGGCUCUUUCUUUCAUAGAUGUUGGCAUAUUAAUUAAAUUUGUCUCCCAAAACUGAAUAUUAUAAUAUUCGUAUGUAGGCUUACAAUAAACAACUCAUCUGAUCACUUAAACAAAUCAUCUGUUCAGCCGCCGCAGCAGCUGCAGCUGCAGCAGGACAGGGAGAGGACACAGAGACAUGUUCAGGUCGAGCUUCAUGAGAAAUAAGAGGUCUUGGCUGUGUUAAACCAACUCCACGCCCUCUCUCUUCCCUUCCUACAAGUUACGCCGCUGGGAGGAGCUGAGUUAGGGAGGGGGGAUACUUACGCCGGGCUGCGCCGCUCACCAAAAUACCAAAUUGUGCUUGGGAACGCCUUGUCGGUGCAGCGGACCUGACUUACGCCACGCCUGCGGCACGUCUUCGGUGAGGCAUGAAAAUAGAGCCCAUGUGUAAUUAAUAGUGUCUUAUAAAGCCCCUGGGCUGGGCAUAUUGUAUAUUAAUGACACAAUAACAUAGUCUGCCUAUCAGCUCAAAUUUGAAAGAGUAAAGAUGGAUCAGAACCAGUAACUAUGCAUUUUUUAUAGGUUUAUAUUCUUAAAUGCUGAUGGUUUAACUCUGGAAAUUUGAAUCACGACUUAUAUGGUUAUACUAUGUGAAUAAACUGUGUGUGUGUGUGUGUGUGUGUGGGGGGGGGGGGCGCUAGUCAAACAGUCAUGCCCUUAAUUAUGUUUAAUAAUACAUCACUCAUACCUCUGCACAUUAAUAUUCAACCUCUUUUUUUUUAUAAGUUUGAAUACUGAUCAAAGUACUUCUUAAAACAGAAUUUGACAGUUUGCUAAUUCUUUAAAAGGUUGUCAAAAAUAAUGCAACUAUCAAAUGUAGAAAGUAAAGCCUCUUUUUAUUGUUUCAAAAAAGCACAUUUAACACUAUCCUUUUAACAGCAGUCUCUUUAAAUUUGGGAGCAGGGGUGGCCAGUUUCAAGAGUCUAGAGACUGAAGUGUUGCCAAACUCCUCAAGGGGUUUUGGGACUGAAGGGAGGUCAAUCUGUUUAUAUGUGCGUACACUCCACCUCCCUAUCUCCACCUGGUACCUGCAGAAUCAUUAGUCUCCAUUUUUAACCGGUUUUAAAAAACUUUUAAGAUUUUAUUCGAUUUUAAAAUGUUCUGAUUGCUUUUAACAUUUUGUUCUUUGAGCAAAGGAUUAUUUUUAUCUUUUUGCUUUUACUGGACAAAAGGUUUUCGUCAUCACACUGGGAUUUUAUGCACUCUUGCUGAGUUAGCUACAUGGCACCCAUGGAGGCUUCCACCAUAGACACUUCCUUACCUGCUGAAGUUGGUCAACAACUUAAAAGAGCCCAGUGAAGAGAUCCCUGAUCCUCUGGAGGACAUUGGUCGACUCUCAGACGAGCUGCAGAAGAAGGACUCACUCCUGGCCACUUUUAAAUCUCGGCUCCCGGCGUUGUCCAGCUGGUUGGAGAGCAGACAGACUAUCGAGCUGCCACAGCAUAGCACUACCGCUGCACUGAGGGACACCGUCAUCUGGGAGCCUUCCCCCAUCCACCUGUCAGUGGCCCUCCAGCUCUACUCCCAACAAAGGGACCCCCUGGUAUGAGGUAGUGGUCCACAAUCGGAAGAAGGCUUCUGGCGGGUCUCCGUGCGGGGUAUCCUCCUCCAUCGGCAUCCCCCUCUCUAACAAAUAUUGGGCUCUGUCCAUGAUUGUGGAGCCACUGGACCAGGGCCCUGAUGAUCCUGAGGCCUCCCCGAGGGAUGCUGUGCGCCCGCUGACAGACACCACAGCCUUCCCUCCACUCAUGGCUGCCUGUGCCCCACCGGAUCGACGUCCAGCGCCGGGCCGUCCAGUGCCGUGCCGCUCGCCUCCGUCCCCCUGUCCCUCAGUCCAGCGGAGGCGGCUCCUCAAGGACGCGCUGCAGUGGCACACUGGAUGUACUCAUCCCCCGGGCGCCUGACGGGGAGGACGGAUCCACCGAGCCAGCCGCCCCCCUCAGGCAACACGCCACGACACUCCUCAUCGGGUACUCCAUCAUCCGGAACGUACGUCUGAGGGGAGCAUUCACCCUGUCCUUUCCCGAUGCCACUGUUGCAGACAUCACGGAGAAAAUCCCAAGCGCCCUGAAUUCACAUCCGCAGGUAAACAGGGUCGUCAUACAUGUGGGCACCAAUGACACCCCCAGACAACAGUCCGAGCUUUUAAAGCGUGAUUUCACACAGCUUUUUAACAAACUCUCACGGCCCCAGCUGCGCGUUUUUAUCUCUGGCCCCACCCUUACCUGUGGCAGAGGUAUUGGGCGCUUCAGCAGGCUGCUCAGCCUAAACACCUGGCUCUCAUCAGCCUGCAGUUCCCACAAUGUCGGCUUUGUUGACAAUUUCAGUGCUUUUUGGGAGAGGAGACAUCUUUUUGGUUCAGAUGGUCUUCAUCUUAAUAGAGCUGGCACCCGCGUGCUGGCCGCCAACCUGGCAUACGAUCUACAACACACUCAACUGUCACUUUCCUCCCAUCACCCCAAACGUACACCGACUGACCUUUCUGCCACUGAUUGA